GUUUACUCUCUCUAACAUGCGCUCCUAACACGCAGCAGCACACGCCUAGGACAAACGCGGAGUUGGUGAGACGGAGACGGCGAGCAAGCGCUCAUCCCGACGUAGCCGUGCGUAUUUAUUUCCGUUCCACGGCAACCCGGUUUAACAUUUAAAUACCUUCGCAUCUAGCCGCUACUCUCACAGAGAGGCAGUCGGAUCGCGGAAUAGAGCGCGCUGUACCCGUCGUUAUAUUUAUAUUUGGAACAGUAGCAUUCGCGCGACCUGGCGGAAGCCUUGCCUCGCCCUGCUGUCCUGCUUCCACCUAGUGUCUCCUGUGCCCCAUCGUGCUAUUCAGUCAUCCAUUCGAUCUGCUCGUCCGACUGCACAAUGAAUCUUUUCCCCAAUUCUUUUAUGUAUCUACCUUUUGCUUUCUCUUUUACCUCCGUUUUUUCAUCUUUUCUCUAUUUCCAUUCCCUUAGCAAAAUUUAUCAUUUUUAAUGGUGUUUUCCCAAAGGUAAUGAAUGUUCGUCCAUUGAUUUCUAUUGAUCAAUCACACAUUAGCUAUGGCGAAAACCCACUGGCAAUGAGAAUUACUUCAAGUGGUUCGUUUUUCUUACGGCGUGGCAUUACGUGAAUUUUACUAGCAACAUUAGGAUGAGUAGCUUUGGAACGCGUUGCGGAACUAUUAGGAUCAGGUCGAGGAACGCGAAAAGGAGUGGUGUGGGUUAGGCUAGCAAGCAUAGGCCUCGGCAAGUUCCAUUGGUGUCUAACCUGAGCCAAAUCGAGUCGACUCCUCGGCUAAAUCUUCUUUGCGUGUCGAGGCGUUGAGAGCGAAACCAGCCGUGAUGUAGCCAACUGCUCGCGUUAUCGCAGCGACCACUUGGGGCAAAUACCACCGAUAACUCAUUGAUGGGAAAGCGUGCCAUUGCAACAAGUAAACAAGUGCGCCGCGAGAGUAGGGAUAGUAGGCACGAAGCGUCGUCUUAUUUAAUUAACUGCGAUAAUUUCUCUAUAGAACCGUUCAGCGUAAGUUGAGCUUCUCCGUUUCCUGUUAAGCUAUAUGAAUUUUAUGGACGCGUCUCGACUUUGGCUGCUACGCGACUUGCUGGUCGCACUGCUGACCAUGAGGAACUGUCGACGGAGGAAAAAGCAAGAGAUGCUGCCGCGGGCCAAGUUCGCCUUCAGAUUUGCAUUUGCACUUGCACUUUUAUUCGCCUCUUGGUAUUCUCGUUCCUUCGUUGCAUUGCGCCAAGCCCAGCCUAGCAGCGCGUGCUCCCGUUAAUUUGCUUUUGAGAAAAUUGGUAUCACUGUCUCCAAAUUCGACCUUGAAGCCACCCCGAGGCUUAUUAAUAGUUGUCGAGUCCACGAACCGCCCACCUAGAUGCUGACCAGUACUACGCGUAACGUUCGGGCUCCCUACCUAGCAGUUAUAAUCGCUCGAUAGAAGAUCCUCUUCCGAGCACACUCGAUACUCGUAGAACCGAACGUUUUCUCGCGCUAGACUCUCGCUCCUUCUGCCGAGCGAGAUGCUUCACGAUUUCGACGAUUUCGACACCCGCGCCUCCUUGGAACAGUGACCUAGCGAACGCACCUAGUGAACGCAGAAGUGAGACUAUUCCGACUGAAAAGGAAGACUUUAAAGACUAUCCACUUCGGGAAUCGUUACGAUUGGGCACUAAAAAUCCAAGAACGUCGCAGGCAAUAGCGAGAGUCGCGCUUCGAUUUUGAUCGGACAGUGUUGGUGGUGCUGGUGUGCUGAUCUGCUGAUGCUGCCUCCGAGUUUCUGCAGAAGAUUCUAAUGGUCAUUUUUUGUUGCCUCGUGACAUAGUAAUGUGCUCGAUUACAAUGCAGUUGGCUCACCUGGCUAUAGUGCAUCGAUUGGCAAUGUUUUAAAUAAACGGACAGAAAGAGAAUUUACGUAAUCCACUAGGACGGCCUUCCUCGAGACGAGAGGGCGAGAGCGCGUUGCUAGAGGACGCAUUAUUUGUUGGAGCGGGCUCGGCUGCUCGGUAUUUUUAGUCCGACAGUAUUUGGCGGGGCGGGUCGUGCGUGCCGUCGUCUCGUAUCUUUAGUGCAUCCCUCUUGUGCGAUCGGCAUCCUCGUUCCGUUCCGUUAUGCUCCCUCGAAGAUCGAAAGCGUCGUCGAAGAUUCGAAGAUCCGUUACUCUUAACGAGGAAUAACUCGGGUGGUAAAAAGUGGUGGGUGCGCGCGGGUGCGCGCGGGCACACUAUGCGUUACGCGAGAAAAGACUUGACCGUCGGAACGAGAGAGGACUUUGGCGUAUCCGGAUACUUACCACUCAUUACCGAUAGUAAAGGACCAAGGCCGUCAGGUGCUCCCUCGAAGUUGGCAGCGUUAUCGGCAUUCGACAUUUGACUCUCUAUAUAUAAUAAUCUACGUUAGCAUCCUCUUGUCCGAAUAGCGAAAUCUCCCAGUUUUUUCCUUCCUUCACCGUCGUCUCUCCUCUCCUUCUCGACCUCCUCUUCCUCCGCGGUCCCUUGGUCGCUAUCGGCCAUUUCCCCUCCGUCUUUCCAUUCGACACCUUGUUAUCUUUGGCAAGUAAGGAAAAAGUCAAAAAAGAAAAAAAAAGAAAAACAAAGAAAAAAGCCAAAAGGAAGCGCGGAUGUUUGCAUUGACACCGCGCGACAACAUGUCGACGACGCGCCAGGGCUCGACGCGUCGGAGUCGUUACUCGCGCUCGUCGACUACCAGCGUAACGCAACUCCUAAGUGACUCGUGCUCCAGUCUUCUUCAACGACUGACUACUCGUGUUCGCGGACCUUCCUCUGCGGCCGAUCGCGUCGCCAGCACUGCUUCCGCUUCAGGCUCCUCCGCCUCCUCCGCCUCCUCCGGCAGCAACCUCGGAAGUACCCGCAGCCGCCUCGAGGACAAGUACUCCUCGGUCCUGGAGCGAUACUCUCGAAAGCCGGAGGACAGCUACACGCGGAAGUUGGAACGCGACCACAGCUACUAUCGACGUGACGGCAGCUACCUUCGCGACGAGAAGACCCUGGAGCCUUCCGUCUCUCGCACCAUCGUCAAGAGUCCGACGAGCGUCCUCCUCUCCGAGAAGGCCUAUCCGUACGUGAGUGGUGGGACCCUCGCCGAUUCACGUCGCGAUAAGACUCCUGGUUAUCAGCAUCGCACCGUCGAGCGACAGAGUCUCGUAAACUCCGAGGCCUACCGGCGAUAUGGAAGACACAAGUCCGGCCACGCGGAAACUCGCAGUCGCAAGGUUCGUCCGCAUCGAAGUGGCAAAAGCGAGCAGCUCGAAGGAGCCGCGGCUGGGAAUUUCCGUUUGCGACCGAUCGAGAUCGAUCCCACGUGCACGAGGGAGCCCAUGGAUCCUGAGAAGACGCCGACUGGCAGCUGCGCGGCGAACAUCGCCGACGAAGCCGAUCAGGCCGUUUCCGAACGAGAAGCAAAGCGCAAGGAGAUACAGAGUCUGAUAAUGAAGUACGCGGCUAUCGACGAAGCCUACGCCCAAUCCGGAGGCGGAAAUGCGACGCCUGCCCAGCCCAGCACUGCCGAUCUCAUAGCCAGCAAGUAUCAGCGGAAUCCGACCGCGAGCACGAACGCGAUCGAGAAUGCGAUCGAGAAUGCGAGCGCGAGCGCGAACGUGAACGGCGCGGACACGAUCACGAUCACGACUCCGAUUAGCCCACGACCGCCCUCCGUCGAGGACGAUGAAGACGGCCACCUUGUUUACCGAUCCGGCGACAUCCUGGCAAAUAGAUAUAAAGUACUGGCCACCCUAGGAGAGGGUACUUUUGGAAAAGUUGUCAAGGUUAAGGACUUGCAGAUGGAUCACGUGAUGGCGCUGAAGAUCAUUAAGAAUGUCGAGAAAUACAGAGAGGCUGCGAAACUCGAAAUCAACGCCUUGGAGAAGAUCGCCUUAAAAGAUCCGGAAAAUCAACACUUAUGUGUUAAAAUGCUCGAUUGGUUCAAUUACCACGGCCACAUGUGCAUUGCCUUUGAAAUGUUGGGCCUCAGCGUAUUUGACUUCUUGAGAGACAACAAUUAUCAGCCAUACCCACUGGAUCACGUGAGGCACAUGGGUUACCAGCUCUGCUACGCUGUCAAAUUUCUUCACGAUAAUAAACUCACUCAUACCGACCUGAAGCCGGAGAACAUCCUCUUCGUCGAUUCUGACUUUGACACGACUUAUAACAGUAAAAAGUUCCUUCUGUUUAAGCGAAAAGACGUACGGCGCGUUAAGAGGACGGACAUCAGGCUCAUUGAUUUCGGUAGCGCUACCUUCGAUCACGAGCAUCACAGCACGAUCGUCAGUACGAGGCAUUACAGGGCGCCCGAAGUUAUCUUAGAAUUAGGAUGGUCGCAGCCCUGCGACGUUUGGUCCAUUGGAUGUAUACUGUUCGAGCUGUACCUGGGCAUUACGCUGUUCCAAACGCACGACAACCGCGAGCAUCUUGCGAUGAUGGAGCGUAUUCUGGGACAGAUUCCGCAUCGGAUGGCCCGCAAAACAAAAACCAAGUACUUUUAUCACGGGAAGCUUGACUGGGACGAUAAGAGUUCCGCUGGUAGAUACGUACGGAAUAACUGCAAGCCUCUCGACCGAUAUCUGCUCUCUGAUGACGAAGACCAUCGGCAGUUGUUUGAUCUGAUCCAGCGAAUGCUAGAGUACGAGCCGUCGCAGCGCAUCACCCUGAAGGAUGCUUUGACCCACUCCUUCUUCGACGCGCUUCCGGCUUCCCAGAGAUUACCGGAUCCAAGAGCAGCCGGUGACCAUUCCCAGCAAUCCCACGAACGCUCUCACUCGCUCUCCCGAUGAAGCUAGGAAAGGGACCGACCUCCGUACUGGACAGACACGCCAACGAUGCCAACGAUGCCAACGACGACGACGACGACAUCGUCAUCGCGCCUCUCACUACUUUUUCUUAUAAAUUCUCAAUCCUCUUUUCUUCUCUCUCAGCACUUUCUAACCUCCUCUUGACCCCUUCUCAUCCUCACUUUCUGCCUACCACUCUUCCUUUUUCUUCUUACACGCUUUCCUAUUGCUAUCCACUUGCGGCUUCAUCCUUUGCGUGUAGUUCUCCUCUGGUCCGUCGUCGUAAGAAUCGGUAGCCGGAAACGUCGAGAGGGCUUGGAAUGCGUCGGCGCUACGAAAUGGCGAAGGAGUCCCUCGCGUCUCGAGUAAUCGAGCUCGAUCAACAGCGAAAUACGGCUUGGCACGCGGAAAUUCAAGUGUCUGGACGGUUUAGCGUAACAGUGUCCCGGGAAUUGUAAACAUUUUGUAACGCUCUUCUGUACAUUUUAUCUCUUAAUUUUAUUACGAAUGUUAUUACGCAACAAAGUUUGAAGUAAAGAUAACUUGGUCGCACUUUACAAUCUAUUUGUUGUAAGUUAGUAUAACUCGAUACUGUUCGAGAUUAAGGAUCGGAUGAGUAAGUAGCAGUAAGGUUAUAGUGAGUUACGUGUAGAGUGCUAAGUAGACAAGAAAAAGAAUUAAAGACGAAGAACGAGGAGGAGAUUCUGCUACGGCGCGCGAUAGGUGCCUAUGCUGCGGUGUCCUCUUCCACCGAUCGAUUCAUGCUCCCUACAUAAUCGCCCGUACGCCCGAACGCGUUUGUUUAUUCACAGACUCUUUACACACAAUUAAACACGAUGCCAAUUUGAAGGAAAUGAGCCAGUUUUUUUUUUCACAGAAUCCAAUUAUUUGCUAAUAUUUUUUGAAAAUCUUUCCACAGGGCGAAUAAUUGACUGAAUUCUAAUCAUCCAUUUGAAUUACAUUUGAUCCCCUGAACGUACGACACAGUACGAAUCAAGUAUGAUAUACUAUAUUACUUUGUUGGCCUGAGUUUUUUUUUUUUUUUUUCCAUUUUUCUGUAAAUAGGACGACGAUCUUUCUGGCUAAGUCCGUACAAUUUUCUUAAGAUAUCUUUUUGUUCUCAUUAUAUCUCCACGCCGAAAACUCACUUUCUGUUGUCGCCAUUUCCGUAUAUGCGAUGUAAUAGUUUGACGUCUCGUAUCAACGAUACUCUCCCGCCAUUGUCAUACGCGAUACAAAAUGUCUGAACAUCGCGAUGCUAUUUUCGAUGGCAAUAAAUACAUCUGUUUUAAAUAAUAA